AUGGCUGUCGCACCCUUUGACUACACGGCAAGGAACACGGAGAUCACAAAUUAUUUCGCCACAGACACCCAGACAACGGCCGCUCUGAAUGGAAUCAGGUCAGUCUCUGGGACAGUGGUGACAAACGUCGCCGCUUUUGUGGUUGAAAAGUCAAAGGAGGUUUCCACCCAGGCCCUCAACCUGCCUGCUGUGAUGAAGCAAGUGAUCCUCUUCCUCAAUGGGCUGUUUGGGUUGGUGGACCCAACAACGAACACGCUUCCUGAUGACGGGCCGAAUGCUGAAACGGUAUUGGGACUCGUAGCAUUGUUCGGUCCGAUCACAAACAAAGGCUACGUCGCUGGUACAUUGCAAAUCAAGUACAAGACAAAGAGAUUCUCUAGCCAAGCAGCUGUCAAUGCCUUGAAGUCUUUCUUCGGGGAGCCGAAUACUGCAGGUGGAACGACCCCAUUGCAGAGUCUCGACGUCUCAGACUUGAUUGCCCCUCAGAUAGCACUUUUGUGCUUGUUCCUUCAGGGAGGUCAGACUCUCGACCAAGCAAGGACAUCAAACUGUCUGGUGGCAGAUACCAUCCUCUCCCAAGUUUCUGAAGAGGACAUCGAAGGGUUCCGGAAAAGUUUGAGAAAUGAAACGGUUCUCGAGAGCGCUGUCCGAAAGAACCUUGAGAACAGGCAGAAGAUCAUCCGAGCUGCGUUUGUGGCGACGCUUGCCAUACUCGAUUGUAUGCCAGAGAACGGCGGGAACGAGACAAACUAUCGCGGUCCCGAUCACCUCACUUUCGAGGGCGCGAACGUUGGAGACGCCCUCCCGUGGGAAAGGUUGAUGGAGACGUUGUGGACAUGGUUUGACGAGGGCAGAGCAGUGGGGAUGGCCAUCUGCAUGCUGAGAAGCAGGGUGCAGGACCGAGGGGACGCAUCCUUUGCGGAAUGGGUCCACACUCCCAUCACCACCCUCGCAGCAGGUCUUCCCAAUAGCGAUGGUUUGGAUCCGUCACACCAUCCUCAGGUUUUCUUCCAGUGGUCGGUGGAAGUUGAGGAAUACCUGUUUGGGGUUUAUCAAGGAGAGCGAGACGCCCCUCCGGAAGAAGCAGAAGAAGGAGAGGCUGCUACGUCAUCGGUGGCCCCUCCCAGCGGGGACUCAGUGAGUCUCAUGGGCGAGCCCGAAACUCAGAUCGAGCUUGCCCGGCAUCUCCUGGGGCGGCUCGACCAGGGAGACGCAGCAAUGCUACUGGCUCAGCACGAGACCGCAGAGAACCUCGCCCGACCGCGGGCGCACGACCACGAAGGGAGGCAGCUCGUGAGCCAGCUUCUGGCCGUGCACCUUUGGCACUACCUUCUCUUCGACCGCACUCGCUUUGGGCCCCAGCUCAAGGGCAACUCAAGGGUCCCGGAGAGCUUUCUCCCCCGCCAUCUCCUACGUGAAGUCAGCUCCACCCACGAGCAGAUGUCGGAGUACAAUCGUAUGAUUUCGACCUGUGCAUUGUUCACGGUGCUCCGCUACCUCAUGAGUGAACUGGCACAGACAUUGGAUACGGCACAAGCGGUAGCUCGGUCGGCUCAGCAGGGUCAAGGGGACACGGUGGAUGUGGAGGUUGAAGAUGACGACCACCUGUUGAUGCAGUCCUACAUGCUCACUGACGGGAAGGGAGUUCGUCUUCUACAUCUACGGAUGCUUCGAAUGGGGAUGCCACGCGAUAUGGCUGAAGAUGGGGCUCGGGAAUGGUUCGAUCAGCUGGAGGCGCUCUUUGUGGCGAUUGAGUCGGAUCUGCAGGGAGAUGUGGCUCAGGCUGAGACGAUCGACGUGGAGUGGCUACGGCAAUGGGUGAAUGAGUUCUCCGCCUUUAUUCCAGGGUUCACGGUGCAGACACAGGUGGAGUCACAAACGACAGCUGCAGAUGCGAUGGAAGCCGACCUCGCGCGGCUUGUGGCUGAUGAGGAAAGUGAAAGGGAGUGGCAGGAACAACGAGCACGAGAAGAAGCCGAGGAACGAGACCGACUCGCACAGCAUGAAUGCAGGUCUCUCCAGCAGGAUGCCGAAGCGUACCGCCAGUGGGAGAUGGAACAAGUUCGGGGAGCUAUGGUGAGAUCGGCAGAAGGACCCAGCAAAAGACGUUGUGUUCUCACCAUGGAGGCCGCUUCCGGUUCCAUGGACAAGCCGCGAGUGGUACACACAAUGGCCCUGGAUGUCCCCACCUCGGGCGAGGCUGUCACCUUGACGAUCACGGCUCGAAUGGAACCGGACCCUGAAGAUGUGUCCACUCAACCAGUGGCAGCACCUGCCGAGGAACGGCCAGAGCAGGCACCCAUUGACCUCUCACCGACAUUGUCUCUGCCGGCAGAUAAGACUACUGAGGAUCCAGAGGGGACUACAAAUGGGGAGAUGCCGGAGUUGGAGUUCCAGGAGUACCAGCAUGUUUACCAAGAAUGGCGAACAGGCAAGUUGGGGCUGGAGGAGGUCACCGAGAAAUAUGGGUCGGCAGUGGCAGAGCUGGUGCAGGCACAGUUUGCGGCACAGGCGGAAGAUGACUCGAUCGCUGCCAUUGCAGGUAUGCCUGAAGCCUGCACGUCACCGUUCCCUCCAUAUGACGGGCGAGAGCCAUCGGCUAUGGUGGAUCCAGACGGACCACUCCCACCCUUCAGCUUCUUUGAAUCGAUGUACGGUCAAUGGAAGCAGGGUCUCCGUACAAGUGCCAACAUAGAAGCCAGCUUUGGGCCACAAUGGCUGACCCUCUUUGAAAGAUGGAGGAAAUGUGGAUUGGACUCUAUCUACCCCAUUUUGCCCAACAUCUUGGACAUGAGUCGAGAGGCGAGUGGGACGGGGAUGUCGGUUUCCACAGGGUCUUCCAGGAGGACGGCGAUGAGGAUUCCGUUCAGUGUAGUUCGGCAAGUCUACCACCGCUGGCAGAGAGACCUUAUGAGGGACAGCACAGUCCAAACAAUCUAUGGAGCGGAGUGGCUGCGGCUUUUCCAAUCGCUACGAACAGAGGGACUGGCAGCAGUAUGGCAUCAGAUGAACGACAAGGUUGAGUGGGAUGUGGAUGACCUGUUGGCUCUUACACCGCCGGAAGAUAGUCUGGAGGACGUGGUCACGGUCCAGGGAUCUGGGGUCGAGCAAGGUGUGCCUCCGUUGCCAGCAGAAGCAGAAGCAACCUGUAUGGAUGACACAGUUGGUGAGGGUGCGGAGUUCGAUGGCAAGUGCAACUGA